AUGGCCGAGAACCAAGUCUACCGGGCCAGCACCACGGCUCCCGUCAACAUUGCGGUCGUCAACUCCCUUUCUGUGACCCUCGCCCAGUCUGACCUCCGAACCCUGACGACGGCCUCGACAUCCGCCUCAUACCCCGAGGGCGACAGCCUGAUCCUCAAUGGCGAGCCAUCCGAUAUCACGGGCGCCCGCACCCAAGCCUGCUUCCGCGAGCUGCGCGCCCGCCGCGCUGCCCUCGAGGCCAGCGACAGCUCCCUGCCCAAGCUCGCCGCCCUGCCCCUUCGCGUCGUCUCCGAGAACAACUUCCCCACAGCCGCGGGCCUCGCCUCUUCCGCUGCUGGCUUUGCCGCCCUCGUCCGCGCCAUUGCCGACCUCUACCAGCUCCCCGAUACCCCGGACCAGCUCUCGCUCGUCGCCCGCCAGGGCUCCGGCUCGGCCUGUCGCAGUCUCUUCGGCGGCUACGUCGCCUGGCGCAUGGGUUCCGCCGCCGACGGCUCCGACUCCAAGGCAGACCUCGUCGCCGAGGCGUCCCACUGGCCUGACAUGCGUGCCCUGAUCCUCGUCGUCAGCGCCGCCAAGAAGGGCGUGUCGUCGUCCUCGGGCAUGCAGCAGACCGUCGCCACCUCGGGCCUCUUCCAGCAGCGCAUCCAGACUGUCGUCCCCGCCAACAUGGACCUCAUGGAGCAGGCCAUCCGCGAUCGCGACUUUGCCAAGUUUGCCGAGGUCACCAUGCGCGAUUCCAACUCGUUCCACUCGACCUGCGCCGAUACCUACCCGCCCAUCUUCUACAUGAACGACGUUUCGCGAGCCGCCAUUCGCGCAGUCGAGGCGAUCAACGCCGCUGCUGGCCGGACUGUUGCGGCGUACACCUUUGAUGCGGGCCCGAACGCCGUCAUUUACUAUCAGGAGGCCGACGAGGCCACUGUUGUCGGCGCGUUCACUGCUGUGCUCGAUGGCGUUGGUGGUUUCAAGGAGAGGGCACAGGGACUGAAGUCUGAGGCUAAGCUGGAUGAGGUCUUGGCCGGCAUUCUCAAGGGUGGUGUGAGCUGUGUCAUCAUGACUGGUGUUGGCGAAGGUCCCCUCAAGUCGGAUGAGUAUCUAGUGGGUGAGGAUGGUGAGCCCGUUAAGAGGUAA